UUUAAUUCGUGCCACCAUGAGCAAGAACGUCCUCAACUGUAAUGCUGAGCUUCACAGGGGUGACUUCCUCAUGUCCAACAAUGGCAACUUCAAGGCCAUUUAUCAGGAGGACGGCAACUUUGUCAUCUACGGCUGGAGUCCAAUCUGGGCCUCCAACACCUGUGGGUGUACUGGUAACCGUGUGGUCAUGCAAGAAGACUGCAACCUGGUCAUGUAUGAUGGAGAAGGCGACAACAGUUCACCAGUUUGGGCAUCAGCUACCAGCUAUCGUUCUGGAGGCCCUCACUGGAAGGCGCAUGCCCUUCUUCGGGAUGAUGGAUCCCUGGUUGUGCAGAAGGACGGCAAAGUGCUGUGGAAGGCAGAUGGGAAGCAGUGAGCCCAAGACCAAGCUGCCCAUGGGGCAAGUCUGGGGCUAAGGAUGUUUUUGAUGGUUUAUUUAUCAUGGUAGAUAACCUUUUAAUGGUUAAUAAG